CCCGCCAUGGAAUUCAUCACAAACUAGCAUCCAGUCUCCAGUUUCCUCGCACUCCAAUCCACCUCUAGAUCUCUCUCCCAUGGCUCAGUGCACUCUCCCGGCCCAUGAUCACUCCAUCUGCAACGAUCCAAUCCGCCGCCUCCACCAGGAGGCCAAGGCCGCGUACCACAAGCUCCCCCUGGAACAGCGAUCCCAGGCGCUGCGCCUCUUCAAAGGCAUGGAUCAAAAUGCGAGUAGGGGAGUGACGCGAACGGAGGUGGAACGCUACAGCGACCCCGCCGUCAAAGCGGUCGCCCUCUCGUGCUUCGACGCCCUCGACGCCGAUCACAACCGCAAGCUCGAUUUCUGGGAGACCGUCACGCUCGCCCACAUCCUGCGCGUCCCGGGCAAGCUCUGCGGCGAGUGCUCCACCCUCCUCCUCUACGGGCCCAUUUGCAGCGUCUGCGAGACCGACAACUGCUACCCCGAAGAAGAACCCUAAGAUCAAAGUGGCAUCCGUACAAGGAGAGUCUCUUCGUACAAAGUACGAAAUAAACCCUCCGUAAUAAACAAUACGUAUGUUUUAAUGUAUGUAGGAAUUGUGUA